GCGCCGGGUGUUGGGCCGCGCGGGCUAGGCGUGUGUCUACAAGUUAGCUGGUCCCGUGGGAGCGGUGGGGUCGUCACCUAAAGAUAGUGUCCUUGCCCCACUACUAGCUGUCUAUAACCUUGGGCCAGCAACUUCACCUUUCCGAGUUUCAGUUCCCUCGUCUGUAUUAUCUGGAUGAUAAUGCCUGCCUCAAGAAACAAUUGAGAGGAUUAAAUGAGAUAUGAUGAAGGAACUGAGGCCCAGAGAGCUGGAGUUUUGUGCUGUUGAUCAUAGGGGAGAAAGAGAGAGCGCGAAAGAGAGAGGAUGUCUCUCUCAGAUUGGCACCUGGCGGUGAAGCUGGCUGACCAGCCACUUGCCCCAAAGUCUAUUCUCCAGUUGCCAGAGUCAGAGCUGGGUGAAUACUCUCUGGGGGGCUACAGUAUUUCAUUUCUGAAACAGCUCAUUGCUGGCAAACUCCAGGAGUCGGUUCCAGACCCUGAGCUGAUUGAUCUGAUAUACUGUGGCCGGAAGCUUAAAGAUGACCAGACCCUUGACUUCUACGGUAUUCAACCUGGCUCCACAGUCCAUGUUCUGCGGAAGUCCUGGCCCGAGCCUGAUCAGAAACCAGAACCUGUGGACAAAGUGGCUGCCCUGAGGGAGUUCCGGGUGCUGCAUACCGCCCUGCACAGCAGCUCGUCCUACAGGGAGGCGGUCUUCAAGAUGCUCGGCAAUAAGGAGUCUCUGGAUCAGAUCAUUGUGGCCACGCCGGGCCUCAGCAGUGACCCUAUUGCUCUCGGUGUUCUCCAGGACAAGGACCUCUUCUCUGUCUUCGCUGAUCCCAGCAUGCUUGAUACGUUGGUGCCUGCUCACCCAGCCCUGGUCAAUGCCAUCGUCCUGGUCCUGCACUCGGUGGCUGGCAGCACCCCACUGCCGGGAGCCGACUCCUCUUCACGGAGCGCACCCUCCAGCUCAUAUCGGGACAUGCCUGGUGGCUUCCUGUUCGAAGGGCUCUCUGAUGACGAGGACGACUUUCACCCAAGCUCCAGGUCCACGCCCUCUAGCAGCACACCCAGCUCACGCCCAGCCUCCUUGGGGUACAGUGGAGCUGCCGGCCCCCGGCCCAUCACCCAGAGUGAGCUGGCCACCGCCCUAGCCCUGGCCAGCACUCCGGAGAGCAGCUCUCACACACCGACUCCUGGCACCCAGGGCCAUUCCUCGGGGACCUCGCCGAUGUCUUCAGGGGUCCAGUCAGGGACGCCCAUCACCAACGAUCUCUUCAGCCAAGCCCUACAGCAUGCCCUUCAGGCAUCGGGGCAACCCAGCCUUCAGAGCCAGUGGCAGCCUCAGCUGCAGCAGCUACGUGACAUGGGCAUCCAGGACGACGAGCUGAGCCUGCGAGCCCUGCAGGCCACGGGCGGUGACAUCCAGGCGGCCCUGGAGCUCAUCUUCGCCGGCGGAGCCCCAUGAACUCCUGUUCCUUCUCACCCCCCAGCAAACUGCCAAGGUGGCUGCCCCCGGGAGACACCCUGAAGGUGCCUCAUCUCUCCUCUCCCCAAUACAUCUGAUGGUUGACCUUC